AUGGCCGGCGCGUUGCUAUGGCGCGGCCCCGCCCCGCCCCUCUCGGCGCGUCCCAACAUGGCGGCGGCGGGCGGGGGCCGGCGGCCGCUGCUCCCGCUCCCGGUGCUGCUCCCGGUGCUGCUCCCGGCGCUGCUCCUGCUGCUGCUGCUUGCGGCCGCCUCCACGGCGCGGCUGUACCGGCCCGGGCACGACCCGCUGACCGUGCUGACGGCCGGCUCCGUGCGGCCGGCGCUGCUCAACUCCUCGGCCGCCUGGGUGGUGCAGUUCUACAGCUCGUCCUGCGGCCACUGCAUCGCCUUCGCGCCCACCUGGCGAGCGCUGGCGGGGGACGUCAAAGACUGGGAAUCUGCAAUUAGAGUUGGAGUGCUGGACUGUGGGGAAGAAGGGAACUAUGAGACGUGCAAAGAAUAUGGGAUUCACUAUUACCCAACUAUUAGGUACUUCAAAGCAUUUACAAAACAGUUCACAACUGGAGAAAAUUACCAAGCAGGAGCAGAUCGAGAGCUGCAAACCCUUCGCCAGAUGAUGAUUGAUUUCCUCCAGAACCAUUCCCAGGAGCUGAGACCUCCAGCUUGCCCACCCCUGGAUCCAGUGUUGUCCAGUGAUCUCACAUCUCUUUUUGACAAGAACAGCCACCACUACACAGCCAUUGUGUUUGAGAGCAACAGCUCCUACGUGGGCCGAGAGGUUAUCUUAGACUUGAUCCAAUAUGAAAACAUCGUGGUGAGGAGAGCAUUGAAUUUUGAUAAACCUUUCCUGGAGAAACUGGGGAUCACCUCAGUGCCCUCAUGCUACCUGAUACAGCCCAAUGGCAGCCAUGGGUUAAUUAACAAUUUGAAGCCUCUACGAUCUUUUUUUUCUUCAUAUUUGAAGUCACUGCCAGGUGUAAGGAAAAAACUCCUUUUGCCACUGCAGCUGCCUGCUCCAGAAAACAAAGAGGAGAGCACAGAAAUCAAGGUGUGGAAAGAGUUUGAUAAGUCCAGGCUCUACAUGGCUGACCUUGAGUCAGGAUUGCAUUUCCUGCUGCGGGUGGAGCUGGCCACGCACAGGGCGCUCGAGGGAGCCCAGCUGAAAACCUUCAAGGACUUUGUCACUGUCUCUGCCAAGCUUUUCCCUGGCCGUCAGCCUGUGGUGAAGUUGUUAGAGACCUUGCAGGAGUGGCUGGUGAGCCUUCCAUUAGACAAAAUCCCUUAUGAUGCUAUCCUGGAUCUGGUCAACAACAAAAUGCGGAUUUCUGGGAUAUUUCUCCCCAGGAAAAUCCAGUGGGUUGGCUGCCAGGGCAGCAGACCAGAGCUGAGGGGCUACAGCUGCUCCCUCUGGAAGUUUUUCCAUACCCUCACUGUUCAAGCUGCACUGAAACCAAAAGCUUUGAUAAACACAGGUCUUGAGGACAACCCCCAAACUGUGCUGCAGGUCAUGAGGAAAUACAUCCAGCACUUCUUUGGGUGCAAGGCUUGUGCUCAGCACUUUGAGGAGAUGGCCAGAGAAUCCAUGGAUUCUGUGAAGAGCUUGGACCAGGCUGUCCUGUGGCUCUGGGAGAAGCACAACGUGGUGAACAACAGGCUGGCAGGUGAUUUGACUGAAGAUCCAAAAUUCCCCAAAGUUCAGUGGCCAACUCCAGACAUUUGUCCUGCGUGUCAUGAGGAGAUCAAGGGACUGCACAGCUGGAAUGAGGACCAGGUGCUACAAUUCCUCAAGUCCCACUACAGCAGUGAAAAUAUCCUCGAUAAAUACACCGAGAGCCAGAGCGACCCCAGCGACACCGAGCAGGGAGACACAGGGGAGCUGAAGGACCAAAACCUGCAGAAGAACUCGGGGGGAAAUGGGGAAAAGCAGCUCCAGGAUGAGGAAAACCCAGCAGAUCCAGGCUCCAAGGUGCUGCAGAAGGCAGUGGGAAAUCCUGGAGCUGUCCAAGGUAGCGGCAAAGGCGCGGCUGCAUCCGUGAGCCUCAAAGGCACCAGGCAGGCUGUGUCCUUCCUGGGGAUUGGAUUUUCCAACCUGGACAUGAGUCUGUGUGUCAUCCUCUACGUGGCAUCAUCCUUGUUUUUAAUGAUCAUGUACUUUUUUUUCCGGAUGAGAUCCAAGCGCUGGAAAGUGAAGCAUCACCGUUCCUCGGUGUAGGAGUUCUCGCUGUACGUGGCUGUUGGGUCCCAGACACAGCUUUAAUAUUUAUGAUCAGGGAUUUUAUAUGCAGUAUUCUUUGUGUCAGAGCCCUUUCUUCCCAAGGCAUUGCCCAGGUGUUCAGCUGAACAGGUGGAGCUGGCCUUGAGAUCCCCAGGCUUUGCUCAAGGCCACGUCAAUGUCCUCACAGGGGAGCGUUGCAUUUGGCAGUUUAGAUUUUUCCAUGACUUCCCACCAACAUCCUUUACUCAUUUCCAGAGUAAACAUUGCAUUAUGCAAUCCACUGUGCCUGCUGGAGAAGGAAAUUGGAUAUUGUUUUGUGUAUUUUCAAGUCAGGUGUUUGUUGUUUUUUUUUUUUUAAUUCAUCCAGAGCUGAUUUCACCUCCCCGAGUGCUGAACGCUUCCUCUGAAUGGUACCUUGGCUGCUUCACUGGGAGAAGCAGGAAUUCUGAUGGUUUUUUUCAGGAAACAAGAGUUCUCUUCUGAUUAAAUCAAUUCUAAACCUCUGUGACUCUCUGAAAUAUUAUUUGCAUAUUUAAAGUAGGAAGCAUUCCUUGUUCAAAUCAUUCAUCCAUUCUCUGGUGCAUUCCAGCCAAGGAUGUGUGAGAGUUUUGGGGCACAAUUAGCAGCCUGGUCCUGAUUGCUGAGUAGUUAUGGUGUUAUCCAGGUGGAAACCAAUCCUGAUGAACUCUAGGAAAGGAAAACAAUGUUUUUAAUGAAGGGCAGCAAGAUUUGUGUUACAGAUUGGAAAAUCUGCAAAUACAGUUUCUUCUGUUGAAUUUCUCCAUCACAAGAGAGCAAUUAACAAUUCCCUUGGUAUUUCCAGCUCUCUGAUGGGUGAGGUCAGAGCUGCCUUGUUUUGGGACAUGGCAGUUCCCUCUGCAGCUCAGUGUGGGGUCCUUGGAGCAGCAGUGAGAAGAAACCAUGAAAACAUUACAAAAUCAUCCUUGGGAGUAGGAGUUGCUGUGCUCCUGGCUGGGGGGGAUAAUUCACGUCCUGGAUAGUGAAGUUUAUAAUCCUAUCCAAUGUAAUUGAGCAUGUUCUAGUUAUCCAUUACCUAAUCUUUAGUUAAUCCUAAUAGGUUUUGGCCUCAAUGUUUUCUGGUGGCAGUGAGUUCUCCAGAUUAAUUAUGUUAUAUAAAAAGGCUUUUCCUUUCAAUUCUACAUUUGCAUCUUUCAAUUUAAUUGAAUGUUUGCUGGCUCCUCUGUUACACGAGAAGGAAUAAGGAGUCCCCAGCCAGUUCCCUGGAUUUGUACCAUUGGUGUGUCCUCCUCUGAUUUCCCUCAGAAACUCCAGCACAGAAACUUUAAAGCCUGGCAACAAAAAAGCACAAAAACUCCACAGGGUUAUUUUUUUCAUAAUCAGGUAUUGGCUGUUCACAAAAUUGAGUAUUUCUGACAUGUCUGUGCAGCAUCCAAUAGGAAUGACAGAAUUGAGCUGCAAAGAUUCACUGUCCCUUGCUGCUUAAGUUUAUCAGAAUAAAACCCACAUAGGGGAACAACUUCCUGGGGCUGGGCUUGAAAAUUCAAACCCCCUGUGAGCACAAGAGUGAUGGUGAGCCCAUGGGGGAAGGGGGUCCCUUGGUUUGGGCUGGAAUCCAGUGAGAGAUCCCAGGGCAGGGCUCAUUCAGAGAAAAACCUGGAGAUUCCACUUUGAGUUUUGAAAAUCAGGUAACUUUGAGCUGCCCUGAUCUGGGCAGGUGUUCUCAGCCCACCAGCAAGGACAAAAAUCCAAGCUUUACAAGAAAAUCCAAACACCAGGAAAACCUAACCCAGCACUACACUGCUGGAUGUGGAAAAUUGGGCCAGUUAAUUCCUGCUGUCAGUAUUGCACAUUCUCAAGUUGAAAUUCAGUCAUUGCUGUUGUUUAGAAUUCUAACAAAUACAUAGACCUGGUUUCAUAAGCUUUGGCUCAUUCUGCACAUUUUCUUGUGCAAAAGGACUUUGAGAUUUGUAUGGAUGAUUUUGCCAUUAGAAAAAAAAACAAAUGUGGAUUUGGAAUAAAAUUUGGGGGUUUUGCUACACAUAUUUAACUGUGAGCCUGCUGCAAACACAACAAAAUGAAUCAAUACUCAAACUUCAGUGGCUUUUUUUGUCUCCUCAGAGUAUAAAAGUAUGAAGUUAGUGAAAUUAGGAUGUUGCUUAUCCUUAUGUUGGUGCUCCAGCUCUUUCCACUGAACCAGCCAAAGCUUUCACUUCGAUCCUCAUCUGGGAAGGUUUUCUUGACUUUGAAUUCACUUGAGUAAAUCUUGGUUUGCUUGGGUUUAUUUUCUGUCGUUCUAAUGACAAAUUACACUAUUUUAUGUCCCUGUAAUGAUACAGUCUGUGCUGGGGGAUGGUGAUGCUGCCAGGAAAGUGUUUCUAGUUUAAAAAUUGCCUCCAAGCCCAACCUCCUGGAUCUUGGGGGAUUUAUUUGUGUGGUGUGCUGUCCACAGAGGUUCCUGCAAUGCCACUUCCCUGUGGGAAUGGUGCUGUGCUGGGGGCAGUCACUUGGCCCUGUGUAAUUCAUGGAGCUUACUUUGCUCUCAGGAUGUUUUCAAAUAGGAAAUGUUAAAAUAACAUUAGUAGAAUAUGCCAGGAGAGACAAAAGCUUCAAGUACUAAAGAAAGCUGAUGAAGUUAUUUGUGAGAAUUCCUAAUUUUCUGUUUCCAACAGUGCAUCCAUCUUGCUGUUCCUGCACAGAGCUGGAUGGAAGCAAAGGUCCCAGGUGUGGUGUUGAAAAUAGUGACAAUACCAGUUCAGUAAUUUAAAUGUUCUAUUUAUUUGAAGUCAAUAAUUUGACAUUUCCAAGUCUGUUCUGGUUGGGUUGGAUUUUUACUGUCUCAUUCCUCUCUUGGAAGGAAAAGUGACUGUUUUGUACUAAAUUGUAAAUUAAUGUGCUUGUUUGAAAUAAACUGCAAACGUUUGGGCAAA